CAUUUCUACUUCCGGUUCACGUCACGUAACAUCUUUGUAUUGUCACAAGACUUCUUUCAGUUGUUUCGUGUACCCUUCUUAAAACAAACGCGCUCCCUCAAAGCAUUCUCAUCGGUGCACCAUGGGGAAGAAGUGUUGGGUUGUGGGCUGCAAGACUGGCUACCUGACCAACAAGGCUGUCGAGCAGGAGCAGGCCGCCAAGGGGACCCCGAUCACCCUCCACAGGUUCCCCAGGGACGAUCAGCUGAGGGCCAGGUGGCUCAAGAAUAUCAGGAGGGACAAAAAGGAUGACCCAAGUGCCGAAAGGCAUUGCUGCUCCUUGCAUUUUAAAGACAGUGACUUUAAAGUGACGACCACAGUGCGCGGAGGGAGGCAGAGGAAGCGGCUUGUCGAGGAUGCCGUGCCGGCCUACUUUAGCCACAGCGCGGCCUACUCACCCUGCAUGCAGGAGGCGCCUCCCGCCCCCAAGAUGUCCACGUCCAUGGCCUCAUCGCCAGCCAGGAGGUCGGUACAGGAGGCGGAGAGGAUUGAGAACGAGUUCAUAGACAGCGACAAGUUCAUCUCCCUUGAGGACCUCAAGGAGAAGAUCAACACAGAGAUACCUAGAAACUACAGAAUCUCCCUGGACAAGGACGCCAUCGAAAAGAACAGGCAGUUCCUCACCCUAUUUACGUAUGAGCCCGUGCUGGGACUGCUGCCCGCCAUGGCAAACGCGCUAAGGAUUGGAGAGACCGGGAGCUUUGUUAUGGCCAAAGACGGAGUCCAGAUCGCCAACAGCAAGCUGCGCCACAUCUUGCACGGCCACAGGGAUGUCUUCACGAGGGUGAGCCAGGUCACCAAAGCCCUGGCCUUCCUUGACAACUUCAGUGUUGAGGACACAGACAAGGUGACAACGAUGGUGGAGGCAGUCGAGGACAUUGACGCUGAAGCCCUGUGUCCGGCAGAUGUCACUGUUGAAGAUCUUAACCCAGAGAAGCACAAUCCCAUCCGCUUUAAACAGGAGUCGGAGAUGCCAUACAUCAAACAGGAGGCAGAGCCAGAGACCCCCAGCAUCAAAGAAGAAGAACAGGAAGAUGAAAUCCCCAAGUUUUCAAUGAUUGUCAAUGUGAAGAGUGAAAAAGAUGAAUACUCAAGCGAAGAGAGCGGAGCAACGAAACCUUUUAGCGACACCUCAUUUCAGCACCUCACAACAAAAGGAGAGGAACGAUUGCAACCAGACAGCCUGUUAGCGCCGCUCUCGGACAGUGAUGACGUAACGUCACACUCUUCUGACUUUAACACUGAUGAGGAGGAUUUUGAAUUUGACCAAAAUGCUUCGAAAUCCUUAAACAAGAACAAGUCCUCAAUGAAAAGAGAGGCAAAAGAAUGUGCGGGUGGAAAACCUUUUUCCUGCUCACAAUGCGAUAAAAGAUUUUCUUGGAAGGCUGAUUUAGAAAAGCAUAAGCAUGCACAUACUCGAGAAAAGCUUUUUGUCAGCUCAACUUGGGGUAAAAGAUUAGCUCAGGAGAGAACUUUAAACAGACACGCAAGAACACACACCGUAGAGAAACCUUUUGUCUGCACAUAUUGCGGUAAAAGUUUCACCAAGAAGGGAGAAUUAGUCAAACACGCAAGCACACACAAUCCAGAGAAGCCUUUUGCCUGCACAUUUUGUACUGCAUGUUUUUCUCAGAGAUCUAAUUUAGAAAAGCACAAGCGCAUACACACUGGAGAAAAGCCCUUUGUCUGCACACUUUGUGGUAAACGAUUUGCCGAGAAGGGAAAUUUAAACCAACACACAAUCACACACACUGGAGAGAAGCCUUUCGCAUGCUCUUAUUGUGAGAAAAGAUUUUGUCGGCAGUCUGUUUUGACAAGACACACACUUACACACACUGGAGAAAAGCCUUAUCCCUGCUCAGUUUGCCAUAAAAGAUUCUUUCAGAAGGUAGCACUAAACUGUCACAUUAAAACACACACUGGAGAGAAGCUGUUUGCCUGCUCACUUUGUGAUAAAAGAUACUACACAAAGGCAAGUUUAAUCAUUCACACAAGAACACACACUAAACAGAAGCCCCUCACCUGCACACAUUGUGGUAAAAAAUUCACUCAGAAGGGACACUUAGUAAUACACACAAGAAGCCACACUGGAGAAAAAGCUUUCAAUUGCAAUGUGUGA